GAUACCUCGCCAAAAUAAAAGCCUCUCUUCCUGUUGCAGGCGAGGAGAACUCUCGUGUUCAGGCUCACGUGGACGACCACGAGUUCUCAGCUCACAUCCUGACGGACGAGGCCGAGUACAACGUGGAGCCCCUGUGGCGGUUCACGGCGGCCCCUCGCGACGGCCGCCUGCUGGUCUACCGCUCCGAUGACAUCAGGAACCUGAGCCGCCUGCAGCAGCCGGUGGUCUGCGGCUACGUGACCUCCGACCCCGCCCACAUCCUCCCUGACGGGGUCAGAUCGGCCAUGUUGGAAGACCAAGAGGAUGAAGAGUCCGCGUCCAGGGGCCGGCGGCAGGUCCUGGACCACCAGAAGAACACGUGUCCUCUGCUGCUCGUGGCCGACUAUCGCUUCUUCAAACACAUGGGGAGAGAAGAAGAGAGCACCACCCUCAACUACCUG